CACAUAAAAGUAGCUAUAUAUUUCAUUUCAUUUGGGUUUGAGUCCAUGCUCAGGUCAAGUCGAAGACUCCACCCAUAUAUAUAUAUAUACAUGUAUAUAUAUAUACAUAAAGAGAUAUAUUUCUCUGUUUAUUCACCCCUAUCAUUUUCUAGGCAUUUUAAUCGUGGAAGACAACAGCUACUAAGUAACAAGAAAUGUACAAUAAAAAAAUAACAGCCUUAAUUGCAAUCUGUACCACGCUGUAUCUAUGCUGGAUGAUUUAUGAUGCUUCUCAGUCAUCAAAUGAUCAUUCUUUGACUUAUUUUAAUGAAAGGAAAAAAUUUUUGAAAAAUAUUAAGAUCACUUUUAGAUCACAGCCAAAAGGAUCAAAAGUUGAUAAACGUUACUAUGAAAACCCGCAGCCAUAUGAAUAUUACUUUAAAAAUCUCAUCAAUGAACCAGUUCUUUGCAGUCAAUAUGAACAGGUAUUUCUUCUUUACAUCGUCCGUUCAAUUUACGGCAAUUUGGAUCGACGAAAAGUACUAAGAAAAAUUUUCCAGGAUAUUCCAUAUGAUUCUUUCUCAAAAGACAUUAUUAUCAAACAUGUUUUUCUUUUCGCCAAUACAAAUAAUUAUACAACUGAAUCGCUCAUUCGUAAGGAGAGUAGAAAAUACAGAGAUGUUAUCCAGGAAGAUUUCCCAGAAUCUUAUGGAAAUGUCUACUUAAAGACACUUAUUGCAUGGAAAUGGAGUGUGGAGUUUUGUGCCAAUGUGGAAUAUGUUAUGGUAUUAAAUGAUGAACUUUUUGUUGACCAGGUCAAACUUGUGUCAUUUCUUCACUAUGAUUUGUCUCAAGCUGAUUAUGAUAAUCAUUUUGCACUUUGUUAUUGUCUUGGCGGACGAGAGUCUGAGCAUAACAAAUACAAAAGAUUCCGUGAUCUCGGUCAGAAAAUGUUGUAUCAGGGGAAGUACUAUCCUAAAUUUUGUCAUGGUGUUGGUUACGUAGCACAUAUUAGUGUAAUCAGAAAACUCUAUCUGGGAUCAUUGCAAAACAAAAUGCUCAUGCCAGAUGAUGUUUGGAAUGGUGUAUUGUCAGAAAAGUUAGGCAUUUCCCUAAAUUGUCGAAAUGAUCUCUUUCAUACAACCAGAUAUUAUCGUCCCCUUUUGAAGACAUAUCUGCAGUCCCCGAUCCUUGUGUCAAUAUGUGACCAGUUUAGACCUAUGCCGACAGCUCCCUGUAUGCAGCAAAUGUAUGACUCAAUUUACAUACUGAGAAAUAAUAAUCAAGUCCGUUAUAGGUUUCAACAAUAUAAAGAACAAAGGGUUUUAUCAAGGGAUUCUGACGUUUAAUUAGGGUCUAUUUAUUACCAGUAUUGUUAUGAAUGGUAUUAUUAUUAUUUUAUGUUUGACUUUGGCUUUACAUUUGUACAAGUUGGCUCCAAGUCUCACCCAGAGACCUCAAGAGACAACAAGCUGGAAGUUCAUGUUAGUGUUAUGCCUAGGGU